ACACACUGUGAGAAGAUCACAGGGAGGAGCCGCUACACCUGUGCAAGACUGACGGGGAGGAGCCGGUACACCUGUGCAAGACUGACGGGGAGGAGCCGGUACACCUGUGCAAGACUGACGGGGAGGAGCCGGUACACCUGUGCAAGACUGAAGGGGAGGCGCCGGUACACCUGUGCAAGACUGAAGGGGAGGAGCCGGGACACCUGUGCAAGACUGAAGGGGGAGGAGCCGGGACACCUGUGCAAGACUGAAGGGGAGGAGCCGGUACACCUGUGCAAGACUGAGGGGAGGAGCCGGUACACCUGUGCAAGACUG